AUGCUAAUAGGUCGGCACAUCCCUGCCUUGAAAAGAUCAAGCAAUGGAGAUGAGCAACGAUGGGUACGCUAUAAAGGUGCAUACUAUCAAUCAAAUCAAUUCAAGCUUGUUCCCUUCAACUGGGAUCGCGUACAAGACGUUGGUGAAGAGAAGGAUGAGUUAUUGUUAAUGCUGAGCUAUGACGUCAUCGCAGUCCUAGAUUAG